GAGAGCGGGGCUGCGGCCGGAGCAGGGAAGCGGGGUCCGGGUGCGCCGCGGGCCGGCGUCGGGGUGCGGCGGAUGGCGCUCUCGGGGCCGCUGCUCGGGGGUGCGCGCCGGGCGGUCCUCAGGUCGGCGGAGGCUGCGCUCUGGGGUUUGAAGUCAAUAAAAGGAAGCUGCCACAAUUUUUGUACUGCUAUUUUUAAAGAUGUCACUUAUAAGGAACUUAAAAACCUCUUGAAUUCCAAAAAAAUUAUGUUAAUUGAUGUCAGAGAGACAUGGGAAGUUGUCAAGUAUGGAAAAAUCCCUGGGUCUGUCAAUAUACCACUGGGUGAGGUAGGUGAAGCUCUACAGAUGAACCCAAAAGACUUCAAAGAGAAGUACAAUGAAGUAAAGCCAUCCAAAUCUGACAGUCUAGUGUUUUCUUGUUUAGCCGGAGUGAGAAGCAAGAAGGCAUUGGACACAGCAAUAUCCCUGGGCUUUAACAGUGCUCAACACUAUGCUGGAGGAUGGAACGAAUGGGCAACCUAUGAAUUUUCAGAGAAGAAACAUGGAAAUUGAAUUCUGGAACACAAGUUGGCUCUUUUCUUGUGUACAUGCAGCCUAGGAUAGUGAAAUGAACAAAAGAAUAACAAUCUAGCCCUGGCAUCACUGGCUAAUGGGAAGGGGAUUUUGUGUAAUUCAAUUAUUUGUUGAAUCUUUCCCUAAACUAUAAAUUGAGAAUACUACUUGCCCUUAGCUAUUUCCAAAAGCUACUGAUAAUUGAAAUAAUAUAUAUGACUUGCCAUGGAAAUAUAAGGUUGGGAUUCUCGAAUUUUUAAAUAGUUUAGUAUAGUACAAUAGUUUUCCUGAAGCCUGGGUUACUUAAAAUACCUAAUCAUAUUGUAUGACCAUUUGUGUUAGCAUAGCGUCUAUUCAUUGAAGAGGCUAUGAGCUAGACAAGUUAUUUUUUUAAAUGAUUAAAAUACUUUUUUCCUUUGUAAAUUUCCCCAUUUUAGAAAAUUCAUAAGUUAUUUUCCUAUUAUGAUAUACAGUACAAAUAUUUUUGUGGAUCUACUUUUCACCCAUAAUGAGUAUUUACUGAAUGUUGAAUAAUAUAAAACAGCUAGUAAGCAUUUCUUGAACAUCUUUUCUUAGUUUAUAUCCUAUGCUAAAUAUUCCAAAUGCUAAAAAGAUAAUAAAAAAGAUGUGAUUCUUCUCUGAAUAUGUUUGAUUUCUAGCAGAAACUUAUAAAACUUUAUCAACUUAUAAAAGUUAAAUUUAAAAAAGCAGACUUAGUCUUAAAACACCAAGAAUCUGAGAUCCAGAAUAGUAGGUGAAAUAUGAACAAUGAAAAUACAUUAACACCACCCAAAGACUUAUGGCAGUGUUGUAACCAGCAUGAUAGUGAUACGAUCUGCAACUUAAAAAAUUAAUAUGAUCUAUAAAGAUAGAAAUAACAACAGUGAUUGCUUCUGUAGAGGGAAGAUUAACUAGAAAAAGCAAGGAGGGAAAUUUCUAGGGUGAUGGAUUGAGGUGUUGGUACAUAGUAAUACAUUCAUCAAAAUUCACUGGACACUUGAAAACAUACAUUUUCUGUAAUUAUAUCUCAAUUAAAAAUAAUGAAAAUAGGAGGGAAAAAAUUUAAAUGUAAAAGACUUUCACUAGCAUGAGUAUAUGCCUUUGGAAUGUCAAGUCCUAUAUUUAUCAAUGCCCUAGUGCACUGGUGCUUCCUUCCAUCUGUGCCUUUCCAGACCCAAAUGUGUUUGGUCUCUUUUAUGUAGUCAUUCAGACCACGUAGGCCUAGGAAGUAACUAUAAGAACUUGGUUUGUCCUCAAUGAUAUUAUAAAGCCAUGGGGAAUCUGGGGUAGAGAUGUGAUGUGGCCACCUUGAACUUCUAUUUCUGAUAAGGUCAGUCUAGUUUCUAGCAGAGCAAAUUCCCUACAAGAACUAGAAAAGCUGGAAAAAAAAAAAAAAACACCCGCACACAUGCAUGAAUGCAGUCUCCUCGAUGUUGGUUCAUCGUCUACAGCUUUCCUCCUCUCUGCAUCAUAUAGCUCUUCAAAUCCUUGCUGCCUUAGUAAUUCCUUCAUGGCUUUAAACUGAUCUUAUUGAUAUACCUAUAUAAACAAAUGUUACUAGGACAAAUAUACUAAGGUGAGAUUUGAAGAGCCACAAUCUGAGCGAGAAGGGAAGUUGUGGUUGAAGUACUGGGCCCAUCAAGAAAUAAGAACCUGGGUAAAUACACCAACCAUUUUAGUUGGAAGCCCUGGGAAACUAUACCCGAGGAGUAAAGGCGACCCAGAAAUUGACCAACCCUCAGAAAAUGUAAGACCAGCUUUGAAUCCACUAAAUCCCUGAAUGAAUUGAGGUGAUCUUCCUGAUACCCUAAGGACCUACCAGCAGUAAAUCUUCUUUAAGAAAGAUGUCAUUAGCUGGAGCAAAGGGUUGGCAACAAUAAGUAUUUUAGGUUUAUGGGCCUUAAGGUCUCUAUUGCAACUAGUCAACUCUGCUACUGUAGCACAAAGCAACGAGAGACAAUACACAAAUGAGUGAGUGUGGCUGUAUCUCCACUAAACUAUGGCCACUUUGGUUUGAAUUUUAUAUUUCAUGUGUUCCAAAUAAUCUGCUUUUAUUUUUCAGCCAUUUAAAAAUAUGGCAAACAUUCUUAGCUCAAAGGCCAGGCAAAGCUAGACGGCAGGUAGGAUUUGACCCAUGGGGCAUAGCCAUGAACCACAAACAUUCCCUACAGUUCUUCAUAUUCAAUGUUCAGAAUUCUAUAAAACUUAUCAGAAAUAGUAAAUUAGACCUCAUGAUUGAAAAAGAAGAAAAACAACAAAACAAGGUAGAAAAAGAAGGAAAAAAGACACAAUAGAAACAAAUCUACAGAUACAUGUCAGAAAAUAACUGAUUUUAGGGUAGCCCCUGUGGCGCAGCGGUUUAGCACCGCCUGCAGCCUGGGGUGUGAUCCUGGAGGUCCGGGAUCAAGUCCUAUGUCAGGCUCCCUGCGUGGAGCCUGCUUCUCCCUCUGCCUGUGUCUCUGCCUCGCUCUCUCUCUGUCUCUAUGAAUAAAUAAAUAAAAAUCUUUAAAAAAAAUAACUGAUCUUAUAUAUUCAAUAACUUAGAUGAGAAAAAUUAUUAAAGUAAUGGAAACUACAAAAAGUAUAAAUAGAAAUUCUAAAUUUUAAGAAUACAGUAACUGAAAUUAAAAACCCAGUAGAUGGUGGAUGGGCUUAACAGACACACGUAAGGAUUAAUAAAAAUGAAAAAAAAUGAGGUACAUAUUAACGUGAUGACUCAGUGAAUAUUUAGAGAAGUAAAUUACAGAAACAUGUACAAUAUAUUUGAAACCAUGCAAAGUACUGUUAUUUAUAAGUAUACGUACAUAAGUAUAAAUUCUGAGAAUAAUAAAUAGCAAAUUCAGAAUAAUUUCCUUUGGAGAGAGGGCACAGGAGACUUUUUAGCAUGUUUGUUGGUUAAACAAAUAUUUUACAUUUUGAAUAUAUGGGAUAGGAACUUAGUAUCUCUAACUUGGAGGCAGGUAACUAAACCAGAUUUUUAUAAUUAUAAUACUUUGGAUUCCUGGUGCUUUUUAAAAGAAAACUUAUGAUAAUGUUUCCUAUUUACCCAAAUAUAAUUGUACUUGUUUAUAUUCUAUAUUCAAAUUUAUAAAGACAAGCCUCAUUGUCAGUUAUUCUGAAAUAAAAAUUUAACAAAUGUAUCUGAAGCUGCACUGACCUUUAUACUAAAAGUCUUAAGAGUAAAAUCAUUACUAACUUCUAUGGUAUUGGAUGCCUCAAAAUAUAUAACAUGAUUUAAUACAUCAUUUAACAAGUGGUUACAUCAUGUUUCAGAAAUGUAGAAUGGCCAGAUUACCUUUUAAAAUGCUGUAUGGGGACACCUGGGUGGCUCAGUGGUUUAGCACCUACCGUUGGCCCAGGGCAUGAUCCUGGAGUCCUGGGAUCAAGUCCCACAUUGGGCUCCCUGCAUGGAGCCUGCUUCUCUCCCUCUGCCUGUGUCUCCCCACCCCCCCCACCGACCACUCCUCUCUGUGUUUCUCAUGAAUAGAUAAAUAAAAUCUUAAAAAAAAUAAAAAUAAAAUGCUGUAUGUACUGCUCAUAGUUCUCAUAAUGGGAUAAAAGGAAGCUGUCCUAGAAAAAGUGGCAACAGUGGACAGGCUCAGAGUUCUGAGUUAAAGUGUGUCAGUUGGGGCAGCCUGGGUGGCUCAGCGGUUUAGCACUGCCUUUGACCCAGGGCAUGAUCCUGGAGAUCGAGGAUCUAGUCCCA